AAGAGUCACUGCAGAAGAAGAAGGAGACAAAUCUGAGCAGCAGCAGGACCCGAGCUGAGCGAACACAGAAAACAUGGCGUUCACAUUCGCGGCCUUUUGUUACAUGUUAGCUCUGCUGCUCACAGCGGCUCUCAUCUUCUUCGCUAUCUGGCACAUAAUAGCAUUUGAUGAGCUGAAGACUGAUUACAAGAAUCCCAUAGAUCAGUGUAACACUUUAAAUCCGACAGUUGAAAAGGUCAAAAAGAUAAAAAGGGUCAAAAUUGCAUUGAAGCUCGUCCUCCCGGAGUAUCUCAUCCACUUCUUCUUCUGCGUGAUGUUCUUCUGCGCCGCCGAGUGGCUCACCCUCUGUCUCAACCUGCCGCUGCUAGCUUACCAUGUGUGGAGGUAUAUGAGCAGACCUGUGAUGAGCUGUCCAGGUCUCUACGACCCCACGACCAUCAUGAACGCUGACAUCCUGGCGUUCUGUCAAAAAGAAGGCUGGUGCAAACUGGCGUUCUACCUCCUGUCCUUCUUCUACUACCUUUACGGGAUGAUUUAUGUUCUGGUGAGCUCUUAAAGCGAGGAGGAGGAGCCUGUACAGAAAACGACCACGAUGAUGUGAGUGCUGGAACACGCCGGAGAAGACGCCAUUUCUAACAGACGAACUCUCGACCCCGCCCCCCCCCCCCCCCCCCCCACACACACACACACACACACAGACACACACACACACAGACAGACACACACACACACACACACACAGAGACACAGAGACACACACAGAGACACACACAGACACACACACAGAGACACACACACAGACACACACACACAGACACACACACACACACACACAGAGACACACACACAGCGUGGCGUUCCUCUCAUCGCUCUUGUCGACCUUUUUAUGGAAAACGAAGACGAACCUGAACGGACGUGUUUUUGUUUUUUUUGAUUCUUUGGGAUUUAAAUAAAGUUUUUUUUCAGCCUCUGAGUGUUGACAGGUUAGCUAAGACUUCUUUAGAUGUUUCUGUCGUUCAGACUCUUUGUCCGCUUUAUACCCGCCACGUGGAGGACGGCGUGUUCAGACGAGAGGCGCGGGGACAAUCACGUGUUUUUAUCAUCACAUCUCUGUUGUGUGUGUGUAGAAUCGCCCUCGCCGCCAUCGAUGACCUGAACGGUGAAGAUGUAACGAGAGUUUGUAGGAAACGUGUUUGAAAGUGUUUUUAUUUAUUCUGUUUCUCUGAUCGCUCGUCGUAGCUCGCCGUCCCGUCACUCUGAUUCUUGUUUUUCUUUCGUUGGUUGUAAUCGGGGAACGAGACGUUCGGUUUUAGAAUCAUGAAGAACUUUGUUUGAUCUGAAUAAAGAUUUCUCUCUCUG